UUUAUGCCCAUUUUCAAGUUCCUUGUUUAUACCCUUUAAUGAGUGAAAAACAAAAUGUACUUUUUGUACAUAAUCUGUUUGUGCAAUUUGUCGAUUGCUGCAUUUGCUAGUUUUGUUAGGUACACAUAUUUUAAAAUAUUACGAAAUUUAAUAUAACGCGAGGUACCCCAUCAUGGAUGGCAAAGCUAAUACGGCAGCCAACUGUUCCAGCUGUUCCAAGACAAGGAUUGCUAAAAUAGCUAAGGAACCUUCAUGAGGAUUAAUAGAAUAAUCAGACUGCGGUUAAUAUUUGAUGCUGUUCAUAAUGAAGGGAUGCAACGAUAUGCUGCUGUACUUCAGCCAGACUCAUCCAAAAACGUCACAGGAAAAUCGGACUUAGUGGAAGUGAUUAGAAUGCCUCAGUACUGUCGUAUUCCAGCCGCUUGCUCUGAAUACUACAAGUACGAGGAUAGUACUGGAUUGUUCCGCCUUAAUAUGGAUGGUGUCGUGCUUGGGUACAUCGAGGAUGUGCAAUUGGUCUUCCAAGUGCACAGUCUGCAGAAUGUCAGCUUCGCAAAUCCAAACUUCCCUGGCGAUUCCGUUGUUGCGGCGAUCGACAAAGAUGGUUGGCACCAUCAAUUUGGGUGACUGGUUCCAGAGACAGCCACCGUGGGAGCUCCCACGCAUAAAACGAGUUCUUUCUUCAAUUGUGGAAUCUUUUCUUCUGAUAGGUUCCUCGAUGCGCCCCGUAGUAAAACAGAUUUGCGAGCAAAAAAA